GACCUCAAGGAGAAAGGGAAACGGAUCGAUGAGGACAGCGACGGAUUUUUCCGGGCCGGUAUGCCGUUCAUUUUCACAUACGGCCUUCUAUACAACAUUCGCACCAACGGUACGAGAAGCCUGUGCGUUCCGCACAACAUGAUCGGCAGAAUUCUGGAAGCAUUGCACGAUGAAAAGCAAUACUUCGCUGAUGAGCGUAUGCUAUAUGAUUUGAGGAGACUUUCCAUUCACAAUAAAACCUAUCACGUCAAGGAAUACGUC